AUGCCGACAUUCACAGUCUUCAAAGGCUCCAAGGAGGGCAAAAUCGUCAAGGGCGAAACCACCAAGCCCGACCUCCAAGACGACCAAGUCCUCAUCAAAGUCACUGCCUCCGGCCUCUGCGGCACAGAUGAGCACUACAAGCACUCCGACAUGGCGCUCGGCCACGAAGGCGUCGGCAUAAUCGAAGCCACGGGCCCCGGCGUCAAAGUCCUGAAAAAAGGCGACCGCGUCGGCUGGGGCUACGAGCACAACUCAUGCGGGCACUGCGAAAAGUGUCUCACGGGCCGCGAAACCUACUGUCCCGAGCGCCAAAUGUACGGCCUGGCCAACCUCGACCAAGGCAGCUUCGCCUCGCACGCCAUCUGGCGCGAAGCCUUCGUCUUCAAAGUCCCCGACGAACUCUCAGACGCCGAAGCCGCGCCUCUCAUGUGCGGCGGCACCACCGUCUUCAACGCCCUGCACGCCUACAACGUGCGACCCACGCAGCGCGUCGGCGUCAUGGGCAUCGGCGGCCUCGGCCACCUCGCCAUCCAGUACGCCUCGAAAAUGGGCUGCGACGUCGUCGUCUUCUCGGGCUCCGACUCGAAAAAGGACGAGGCCAUGCGUCUGGGUGCCAAAGAAUUCAUUGCCAUGAAGGGUGCCACCGAGCUCUCCGUGUCCCGCAAAGUCGACGUUUUGCUCGUUACCACGUCUGUUACCCCGGAUUGGAAAUUGCUGAUUCCCGUGCUCAAUACGAAUGCGACAAUCUUCCCGUUGACGGUGUCGGAUGGCGAUUUCACGUUCCCCCAGAUGCCGCUGAUUGCGAAUGGGAUUACGGUGCAGGGAAGUGUCGUGGCGGCACGGCAGGUGCAUAGGGAGAUGUUGGCGUUCUCGGCGUUGCAUGGGAUUAAGCCGAUUAAUAUGGAGUUUCCGAUGAGUGUGGAGGGGAUUGAGGAGGCGAUGAAGGUGUUGAGGGAGGGCGGAAUGAGGUAUAGGGGUGUGCUUAUUCCCCAGUAA